UAUUAUGUUUACUUGAUAUAUUUGUUUCUUUCAGUUUUAGUGGCAUGCCUGAGAACCAGUUAGGUAUUGCUGAGCGCACUGACCACUAUAAACAACAUUUGUACUUUUUGACAUUUGAUAUAUUCAAUGUAUUAAACAUCACCGAAACCUGUUGUAUUCCCUUGAAAUAUAUGGGAAAAACUGUACAAUGCAUUCUGCAGCGUUUGUAGGUAUCAAAGAAAAUGCCAUUUGGUUAGCAUUCGUUGUUUUUCUUAUAACGUCCAACCAGGUAUUCCUUAGCGUGUGAAAGCUGCAAAAGUAGUAGUCGAAAAUCCGUUUGCAGGGGCUACACGUUCAUGUAACUAUGACUGAAAACUUUUAUUCGUGCAGUGGAUAUGUUUUCUGUCGUCCCAAAAAUGGAACAUACACAUGUAUGAACUAAGGAAUCGUUUGAAUUAGCUCGAAUGAAUGUAUUAUCGUGUCUCUGUAGGACUGAAGGUGAAUUGAUCGUGCGUUAUUUUGGUUUAAUGAUAACCAUGGUAACGGAGUCUUACAAUUAUGCAAAACAUCAGUUCAGUUACUUAGAUUAUAUCGCGUUAUUUCACAAAGAAAAAGAACUUCAUGUUAUUUGGAUAUCAGGCCCAUGCUUAAAUUUACUGUAAUAGUGGGUUCUUUCUCUGUUUGUUUUUUAGUCUAAUUUUUUUUUUGUAGUUAGCUCUUUACUGUUAUUAACCAGCUCAGUAAAUGAAACGACUUUUUGUUUCUAUAUGUAAUUUGAUAGUUUUUUUUUUAAAAAAGCAAUAAGUAGUUGGAAAAUUGUUGCAUACGUGCGGCUUUUAGUUCGUAACUCGUCGUGGGAUAAAAGAAAUAUCGUGUUUUGUUUGCGCUUUGUUGACUCAAAGAAAAUAAAUGCUGUAUUGCACGCACUCAAUCGCUUCAGAGGCGAAUUCCAAACGAACCGUGUUUUCUCUAGGAUACAUAAAAAAGCAAUUACGAUUUAUGCUAAUUGCUCUUGUGUAUCAAAAAAGGUAUGCAUGUGUCAAAUAUGUGGUUAUGUUAAUGUAUGAGUAAUGGCUUAAAUAGGAGCGUUGGACAAGAUGUUGUUUUGUUUUGUUGUGCGAGAUUCUAUAAUUAUCAGAAUCCUCGAUUGAGCUGUAUUAUAGAUUCGUUAACCCUUUUACUAAAUUACUGAUCAGUGAAUGGUGGAAAAAGUUAUUUUUCAUUUGAUCAAUCAGAGUCGGUCGAGUGUAUGUUAUUUGCUACUUAAUUCUUGAUGAUCUAUUCCCUUUCGUAUCAAAUUCUUCUUAUAGCUGUAGUAUACAUUUAGAGGUAUCUUGGCGUUUUGUGGCUUUACCUGUCACAGUGGUGUUGAUGUAACGUCGUGUGUAGUUAGAGGAGCGGGGAAGGCAAAUUCCCGGUUUAAGAGGUGCUUGAAAGUUACCACCGGGUUGAGUCACGCUCGGUCGGCGUGUGGGUGUCUGUAGAAAAUGUUGUUAACCACGCCACUAAUGCGAGACGGAGUAUGUGUGGGAGUCGCUGUACACUUAUCGAUAGAGAUGAAACUACAUAUUGAGACACUUCUAAAAGUACUUCAAGUUGGAAACAUUGAAUUGUUAGCAUUUUGAAAGCCUUCAGUUGUGAUGAUUUUUGUCUUAAAGAAAGUGAAAGCGGAGCAAAGUGUCGGUCGACGAAGAGAUUUUUGUUGCAUGGUAGUACUCUUAAUACUCCGAUUCAACCGAUUUCCAGAAUAUGUAGGGGUUCUAUUGCAUAGAAUUCAAGAUAGAAGCUCAGUAAAAGCCGGCUGUUUGUACGAGUGCCAGCGACCUCAAUAAAAAUUGCGAACUUUGAAGAUAUUAAAUCUUUCUUCUGCUCUUUGCACAUACACACACACGUACCUAUGAUUUAAGAGCUUUACUCAAAGAUUAUCAAAGAUUAAAAAGAAAACCCUUACAGCGGUCAGUUGAGUGGAGUCUGAUGGAAUUAACUUCAGGAAUAAUGGAACGGAAAUUGUUCUCAAUAAUCAGUCAUUCUGAACCGCAGAUGACCAGUGAAAUAUUUUCCACUGAAGUGGCAACGACUCUUUAAAUUAACCAAAUUCAGACCGGCGGCGUACCGUUGCGGACCUUUGAAAGAUUGACUGGCAAAAAAAAGACAAAAAAAAAACCGUCUGUCAGGCCGAUUUUCUGUUGUGUGAGACACAAAGUGAGAGUGUUUCAUGUACAGUUAUCUGCUUUUGUAAAGAAAUGCGACGGUUAAAAAUUAUGCGUUCAUUUUUAAUUUAAUUUUAAAACAUAUUUUCUGAAGCAGGCCACUGAAUCAACAGGUUUAUGAGGCUGACAUAGAUAACACUUAUUAAUAGUUCCUGCCAACGUGUGAUGCGUAAUAUUUCCAUCAUGCGAAAAUUUUGCCUUGUUUCCAUUUAAUUUAGCCGAUAUGUUUUCUGUGGAAAAUACUUGUUCAAAAUAUCACGUGACCCUGACAGCUGUUCGGAAUCACAUGAUUUGCAGGUGAAAGGAAUCCAAUGUUUAUUUCGCUUUGUUUUCGUGUUACUUCUAUGGCGCAAUACGCGUGUGCUUAAAAUAAAUACUGGAGAUUAUUUGGUGGCAAAUUUGUGCAUGUAUUGGCCUUGCCAUUACACAAGUAUGGAUAGUUCUACAUUGACUUUAAAGUGUUUAACAUUUACUAAUUAGAUCUAGUGUUGUUUCUACGUUGGGAGCCAUUUUGCUGAAAUGGAAGCGUGGGCGGUGAUGCCAGUGUUAUGGUUUUAAUUUGACAGUUUCGGAUCAUUUUGGCGAAUGCAAAUGUGUCUUCAUUUAUUUGCCCCAAAGCUGUUUUCAUCAUAAUAACAUCAUUCCAGCAAGGUGACUUUCAUUUCCCUAGCUACUUAUUAUCAAACACACAGAUCAGCAUUUUCGCAAAACAUGGAAUCUUCGAAAACGAUUUCAGAAGGAACUUUCGAUUUUCCAAAACUGGACAAUCGUCGCUCUUCCAACCUUAACGGUGACAGUAUUUUGAAACAAAAUUCUCUCGUCGGAAAUUUCGAAGGCCGUACAUCGUGUCUUUCGCUGAGUCGUAAUUCGCUGGAAUCGCACGGAAGUGUUUACGAAUGGUCGAUCGGCGAAAGCAGUUUUGGCGGGAGUUUUGGUCACGAUGAAACGGAUGGCAACGUUUUUGGCGGGAAUUUUCGUUCUUCCGCGACAGACGAUGUUCAAGUUGUUCCUGAUUUCAAUGACAUUUUGGAAACACUUCAUGUUGACAUGGAUAAAAGGAGCACUCCAUCCGCUUCGUUUCUCACUGAAUCCGAAACAUCCACUCGCGCUCACCAGGAUCAAAAUUGUGACAAUUCUGUUACAAAAAGACGGCACUCUGAGAGGGACGAAUUAGAGAUUUAUUUUCCUUGUGUUCUAACUCCAAUUCCAGUAGAUCGCCUGUACAGUACACUGUCUGAUGACUCGACAGUAUUCAAAUUCCCAGCAACUUCGGGUGAAUUCUUGGCCGAUGACAAAUCAGAACGUGGCUUGUUACAUCAGUCAGACAGUUCUCACAUUUCCAUCUCGACAACGGAGGUCCAGCAUAGUUUAGAAUCAUUUGGUAAUUUUAGCGUGUUGUCGUUACCUUACGGAAGCCAAGUACAGUUUGAUGUUUCCGCCAAUAUGUUGGAAUUGACGUCUGAAACAUGUAAGAAACAGGACCUUUUUGAUACGCGCAGUUUAACACACGGGAAAGAUUACAAUACAAGUAAAGAAGAACAUUGUUCACAGAACAGCUGUGGUCCAUCGGAGAUGGCUGAAAAGCAGAUUUUACCUCCAACUGCUACGUCGGUAGAAAAUAACUUUAAUUUUCAGAAGUCUUUAACAAACAUUUGUCACCCCGAGGCGGUGGAUACGGCUGAAGUUUCCAUGCAGCGACCAGUUGUUCAAACUUUUACCUACGCUUUACCGUUAGAGUUUAACACCGCCCUAAAUUCUGAACUUCACGUCAAAUUCCCGCCAAAUUUGACGUUCGAUGCCGAUCUCUCCUCGAUAAAUCCCGUUUCGCUGGAAGAAACUUUAACAAACAGCUUCUUUUUUCAGAACCGUGCCAGAAAACUUGGCUUUGGAAAUCCUGAGUUGGAAUGCGGGAAGGCGCCGUCUAAGCAUGGCAAUGCAGUGGUUUUUAAUCGUAGCACGGGUACAUCGUCAGAAAUAAAGGCCAGUCUCUACAGCGCGCCAGAUAAUUUUGGCGAGAGGAAUUUUAAACCAACGAGACAACUGUCAUGCUACUCAAACAUUGACAAGUUUAAAUCCAAGGCAACAACGAGCAUUGAUAACGAGAAUUCGCCGCGCUUGACAAGAACAUGUGGUAAAGCCAAAAACAGUCGUAGAACAAGAUCAGCCAAGACCGAAAGAUCACAUAAAAUUGGCCCCGAUAUACGUGACUUCCACAACGAUAUGGAAAAGCAGAGGAGAACUAACAUGAAAACACGCUUUGAGAAUCUCAGACUGUCAAUGCCUGAAUUGGGGGACAACGGGAAAGCUUCGAAAAUUGUCAUUCUGCAAAAGGCCCUUCAGUAUAUCGGGAAGCUAGAGCAGGAGUCAAUUGAACUGGAAAAGAAGAAACGAGCAGAAAGGAUUAGGAACAUAGAAUUGUUAGACAAACUGCAGACGAUAACUUCGGGAAAGUGUUAGUCAAUCGACCGACUGUUCGAUAAAGUUGAUAAAAGUUUUCUCACAUUCAAAAGCAGCCAUGUUCAUAGGUAUUUUCUCCGCUUUUGCGCCAGUCGAGAUUCUCUACAAGAAGAAGCAGUACUGCAGAGUAAUGAAGAAUUUACAGUGCUUUUGGUGUUUUUAUGGCUGUUGAUGAUUUGACAGUUGCUUCAUUCGUCUACUAAAAGUCGUCGUUUUAACAGUUAUGUCAAAUUAUCAUUUACAAUUUUUCUUUGCUCAUCGGGAUUGGAGAAGUCAAGCUUAAUCUUAGCAAGUUUUGAUUUUCUACAAAUGCAAUAGUGUUUUUUUUGUUCGCUUAUUGUACGAGUUAGAUUUGAUACUAUCAAUGAAUAUUUUUUUCUUUUAAGUUUGAAUUUUUAUUUUCUUUAAAGAUAAUCAGUCGUUAGCUUUUUGACGUGUUAUUUUUACAAUCUUGGAGUAUUAUUUCAUUUAGUAAUCUAUACAGUACUUUAAUCUUUAAUGAUCAAUUGCCGUGUACAUGCAUGUCUUGUCAAGAAGAAAGGUGUGGAGAAUAAAAAAAUAAAUCAUGUUCAUCCA